GUAAGAUUGAAAGGGGGUUAAUUGUAAAUGUCCAACUGCGACUCCGUUGAUAGCUUUGUGUUGUUUCCUCCGCCGCACCCAAUCGAGCACACAAAUGAUCGCCGCGCAAUGGUUGACAAAUAGAGGAAGAUGGUGAGGAAGGCUGGCGUCGCGCAAAGGUUUUGGUGGGAUCUCAGCAGCAACAGCCGCUCCCCCUUCGUUUCUCAUGCGCUUAAAGGAAGCAGAGCCACAUCCACCACCUCCUCCUCCGUCUCCACCGGGGCGCCAGCAUCAACCGCAGCAGAAAGUGCGGGGCCAAUCCUUUCCGUUGCCCAAGGAAGACAGAGAGGCGAUGCGGACGAUGACAGCUACGAUAACAACGGGAGGCACCACCAGCAGCUGGCGGAGACGGCGAAAAGGGUGCGCGAGGUAGUCGUGAGGCAGCCCAGGUGGGAAAGUUUCCUGCUUUCCCACUUUGCUCCCUCGGAGCUGUUCCACCCCACCUGCGUCCGUCACGUCCUCCGGCCCCUCGUCUCCACCAAACCCCUGCUCUCCCUUCGCUACCUGCUCUGGCUCUCCUCCCACCCCGAUGCCUCCCCCGCCGACGCUGCCACCUCCGCCUCCCUCCUCGACGCCCUCGCCAAUGCCCGGGCCUGGAAGGCGGCCUUGCUCGCUAUUCGUUCGACGAAAUGCCGACCCGACCCGCCCGCUAUUGAAUUAUUCCUCUACCGCCUCAUUCAAAGGGAAGGGAGGGUGACCGACGAGGCGAUGGAGACUAUAUCCCUCGUGAAGACUCAUCUUGGCUACUCCCCGUCCCUCCCCACUUGGAACUCCAUCUUCUCUGCCUACUUGCGAGCAGGGAGGACCGACCUCGUGUGGCGCCUCUACGAGAUGAUGAUGCAGUUAGGAAUCUCGGGCGACGCCUCCACUGCUGGUUACCUCAUCGAGGCCUUCUGCAUGGACAAUGAGCUGGACGAUGCCUAUAGGCUUCUUCGGGAAGUCUCUAGGAAUGGGCUUGUGCCUGAUGUGAUCUCCAUCACCAAGUUGGUCACUGGAUAUUGCAGGGACGGCAAUUAUGGCAAGGUCUCUGAGCUUCUUCACCUGAUGAUAGCAGUUGGCUGCAUGCCUGACAUAUUCACUUACCAGUCCAUAAUUCACGGCUUAUGUGACAAUGGCAAGGCCGACGACGGCUUCCGCAUCUUCAACAAUCUCAAGCUGAGAGGUUAUGCUCCUGAUCUGGUUACCUACACAACAAUGAUCGAUGGUUUAUGCAAGAUGGGUAGGACUACCGAUGCGUGGAACCUGUGGUCGGAGAUGGUAGCAAAGGGGACCGAGCCUAAUGGAUACGCAUACAAUGUCAUCAUCAAUGGCUAUUGCAAGGCAGGUGACCUCAGUAAGGCUCAGGAAUUGUACCAGGAGAUGUGCAGAAGUGGAUUCAGGGAGAGCACAGUGAGCUGCAACACCUUGAUUGCUGGAUUGUGCUUGCACGGGAGGGUGAGAGAAGCAGUUGACAUGUUUGAGGAAAUGCCAACUAAAGGAAUCGAGCACGAUGUGAUCACCUACAACACACUGAUUCAGGGUCUCUGCAAGGAAGGCAGGACUGCCGAAGCCAUGAAACUGUAUGAGACACUGUUAUUGGUUGGACUGCAGCCCAGUGUUUCAACAUACACACCAUUGAUCGAGGCACUAUGCAAUGAGGGGAAUGUGCUUGGUGCAAUGGAGCUGAUGAGAUGCAUGAAAGAAAAGGGUUUGGAGCCUUUGGUUCGUACAAAUGACUAUAUUAUUAAUGGAUUCUGCAGGGUCGGCAAGGCUGAAGCAGGCAUGGCAUGGUUGGUAAACAUGUUGGAGAAUAAUCUCAAGCCACAAAGAGACACCAUCAACAGGUUAUUAGAAUGCCUCAGCGAUAGCUUCAGAGUGGAUGAUGCAUUAUUGGUGCUGGAUGCCGUGUAUAAAAUUGGCUACUCCCUUGAAACUUCAGUAUGUUAUUUGCUGGUUAGUCAACUAUGCGGAGAGGACCACAGACAAGCUGCAUUGCAGAUGGAGGAAAUCCUGGUGAGCUAAUAAUGAAUGCUACCGGUGCCCAAGUUUCAGCAAGAGGUGCUCUACAAUACUCCCCUACAUGAAGAUCAGGGUGGGAGCCUUGUGGGUGCUCUUCAACUUUCUGGUAGGGUACUGACUUCCAGCCCAAUUUAUUUUUGAAAACCUGUUCUUUAUAUCUGAAUCUGCACAUCUGUUGCCAUGUUCUUUCAAGUAUCUAUCCAUAAGUUACAUUUCUUA